UCUAUGCAGCACGGUGACGACGAGCGCCACGUGGUGCCCUGCGAGCACUGGCAGUACGACACCGCCAACAGGGGCGACAGCAUCAUUAGCCGGUGGUACCUGGUGUGCAGCCACGUCUGGCUCUUCAAAGUCAUCACGGUGGCGUACAUGCUGGGCGCAGCGCUGUGCGUGCCAAUGGCCGGAUUGCUCGCGGACAGGGUUGGUCGGAGACCCGCCAUUCUGGGUUGCGUUAUUUCCCUGCUGUGUUUCAGCAUUGGCUGCGCAGUCUCGCAAACUCUCGCCAUGUACGUGGUGACCAGGUUCUUCGUGGCGGCUUCCAGUUGCUCCGUGCAGGUGCUGAUAUUCAUCCUGCUCUACGAGGUGACUGGCAGCGAGCGACGCGCCCUCUACGGAAUCAUUGAUACGGCCGUCGGAAUGAUUACCGUAUCACCCGUACUGCGCCUGGUGUCUCUGCUGGCGCACGCGUUCCUCGUUCUGCCAACGGCCAUGCUCGUGUUCUGGUGCUACUUGCUCGACGAGUCACCCAGCUGGCUUCUGGCGACGUGGAGGGCGCGCUCUGCCGAGCGCGUGGUCAUGGUGGCUGCCAAGACCAACGGCGUCGACUUCCAAAAGGCUCGCCUCACGUUCAUGGCUCUCAGGGACCAGGUGAAGAAGCUCGAGCCCAUGUCCUCCAUGUCGAGCGCCAGCGAUACCUUCGCCAUGACGGCUACAUUUCGCCGGCGCGCUUUCGCGGUGGUUCUGUGCUGGUUCAGCGUCAACUACACCUACUACGGCCUGCUGGUGCGUGAUGUCUCCACCGAAGACUUGUGGUUCGCCGCGCGCAUCCUCCUGCAGGCGGCGCUCUACGCCAUCGUGUGGUGGCAUCUGCACAGCCACGGACAACGAGAGACCUUCCUCAUCGCACUCGGUCUCCUGGGGAUCGUCAUGGUGCUCGAGGUGGCCGUUCAUUUCGCCGGCGUCACGGUGCUGUUCGCACCGGCCAACACCGUCGUAGUGAGUGUGUCUGCCGUCACGCUGAGCGUGAACUACGGCUACACGGCCGAGGUGUUUCCCACCAUCGUCAGGAGCUUGGGCCUGGCCGUCUCGUAUGCCGCUGGACGCCUCGGAGUGCUGGCGGUAAGCCUUUUGCAGGAGCUAGCCGAAAUCAAAAGCGAGUCUUCCGCCAACCUGCUGAUGACAGUGCUGGUGCUCCUCAGCGCAGCGGCCCUCCAUUGGCUGCCAGAAAUCUUCGUGGAGAAGCGAAAGGUGGCUGCGACCCCGGCGAGCUCAAGCCCAGGGCAGCGCAAGAAGGAUAUGCAGAAAUCCCUUGCGUUGAUGAACACGACGUCCAUGCAGUCUCGCAUAGGAAAGCGUUCCCGCAAAGCAAGUAAAGCGAAAUCACAAUCGCGGAGCACUGGCAUAUCACCAGAGCCCAAGGACAAUGCGUCAGACCAACGCAUGCCGCCGAAGCCGUGAUAAG